AUGCACUGCCUGGCCCUGCUCCCUGGCCCCGUGGCCAUGAAGGCCAGAUCCAUGGUGAGGGUCUUUACCAAAAUGAUGGGAAGAGCUACCGUGAACACAACUUCAAUUAUAGUCCUCUGUUUGUCGGAGAAGGUAGGUCACUGUGGAAGGACAGCCAGCAAGGAGCAAGAAGAGGAAGCCAAUAUUCAGGACGAUGAGGAGAAUAAAGCUGAGAGACUGAUGGUUGGCUUUCACCAAAGACCCCCAGAACCAGAGCUCUCACCGAGCCUGCGACCGAUUCAAGCAUGCAGUGACCUGGAGUUCAGGGAAGUGGCAAAUAGAUUGCGGGACUGGUUCAAGGCCCUUCAUGAAAGCGGAAGCCAAAACAAGAAGACAAAAGCACUACUGAGGCCCGAGAGAAGCAGAUUUGAUACCAGUAUUUUGCCAAUUUGCAAGGAUUCACUUGGCUGGAUGUUUAAUAGACUUGAUACAAACUAUGACCUUCUACUGGACCAGUCAGAGCUCGGAAGCAUUUACCUUGAUAAGAAUGAACAGUGUACCAAGGCAUUCUUCAACUCUUGUGACACAUACAAGGACAGUUUGAUAUCUAACAAUGAAUGGUGCUACUGCUUCCAGAGACAGCAAGACCCACCUUGCCAGACGGAGCUCAGCAAUAUUCAGAAGCGGCAAGGGGUAAAGAAGCUCCUAGGACAGUACAUCCCCCUAUGUGAUGAAGAUGGUUACUACAAGCCAACACAAUGCCAUGGCAGUGUCGGACAAUGCUGGUGUGUUGACAGAUAUGGAAAUGAAGUAAUGGGAUCCAGAACAAAUGGUGUUGCAGAUUGUGCUAUUGAUUUUGAGACCUCUGGGGAUUUUGCAAGUGGAGAUUUCCAUGAAUGGACUGAUGAUGAAGAUGACGAAGACGAUAUUAUGAAUGAUGAAGAUGAAAUUGAAGAUGAUCAUGAGGAUGAAGGGGAUGAUGAUGAUGAUGGUGAUGAUCAUGAUGGAUACAUCUGAUUGUUGAGAGCUGAGAUCAAUAAAAUCUACAUUUCUAUUAUUUACAAAGUGAUAACCUAUUGAGAAUGACCUUCUUGCCCCAAAACAAAAUGAUUCUAAAACUCACAUAUAUUUUGUAUAAUUAUUUCAAAUAUUGGAGCUAAUGUCAUAGAACUUUA